GUCACAUGCAACCUACGAUGACUUGAGCCUGUCUGUGAUCUAAUUGGAUAAUCAAUUUCGGUUUUUCGUUUUAAAGUAUGAUUGGACAAUUUCAAUUCUUCGUUUACAACAUUCUUAACAAUUAUUGGUUUACAGUAACGUCAAUAUGAAAUUUACCUGGCCCUAUGAAAAAAUCAAGGUAGUGUGUGACAUAUAGGUGAAAUGUCCUUCUUUACCUGAUGAUCAAACUGCGUACGGGUGAGUGGUUAAUAAAGAGACUUAUAAAUAGUCUCAGCUUGUAUGAAAGCCUCUCUUGCAUUUCAGUAUUUUAAAUACUAUUGGAAGGCACCUGUGACAAUUCUGGCCAUUGCAAUCAUGAGGUGGUGCUGAGGAUAUAUUGCUUGUGGGACCAGCCUUGACUCAGUCCCCCCCCCACCCCCGAAUCAGCAUGGCUUCCAUGUGAUUGAGGGCUUCUUGGUCGUAGUAGCCGCCAAGCUGACAUGUCUAUGAGAAGAGCGGAGGGUGCGUCCAUCAUCCAGGCCUUGGCCAUGACUGUGGCAGAGAUACCUGUCUUUCUGUACUCCUCCUUUGGGCAGUCCAUUUUCUCUCAGCUGCGGCUUUCACCCAGCCUGAAGAAAGUUCUGUUCGCCACCGCCCUGGGGAGUGUGGCUCUGGCCCUCACCGCCCACCACCUGAAGAGGCGCGGGCGAAAGAAAAAGCAGGUGACGGCGGCCCAGGAUGACCAAAAAGCACCGGAGGCCUUGCUGAGAUUGGGGAGGCCACUGUCUCUGAAGCGAGGCCCGCUCUCCGGGAGGCAGAUGAUGAGCCCCAGCAGCAGGAGCAAUGACACCAUGAGUGGAAUCUCGUCCAUCGCCCCCAGCAAACGCUCCAGCUCCUCCCACAGCCUCGCUUCGGUGCGGGUUCCCACCUCCCCGAACCAGCUGGCCAAUCAGCAGCCCCCCUGGGAGACGGAGCCGGUGGAGGAGGAGUCUGGUGCAGCAGACGAUUCCAAUGCGGAGAACCUUUACAUCAUGGGGAUGGAGCUGUUUGAGGAAGCACUGCAGAAGUGGGAGCGGGCUCUGAACAUCCGUCAGCGCAGUCAAUCAAACACACCAGCCAGUAGCAGCCUUGCCUGCCAGGGGGCGGGCCCUCUGGAGGAGCCAGUGGUGGAGUCACGAAACAAGGUCUUUGCUGAAAAGCUGGAGACCCUUCUGCACCGAGCGUACCACCUCCAGGAGGAGUUCGGCACCACCAUCCCCCCCGACAGCUUGCUGGCAGACUUCGAGAGUGAAGGCACCCUCAUCCUGCCCAAUGUGGGGAGCUCUGAGCGGCUGAGGGAGGAGGACGCCAUGACAGUCACCUCCGACGACUCCUUCUUCUCCGCAGCCGAGCUCUUCGAUACGUUUCCCUUGGAGGGGCUGUACCAGCCCCUGAAGCCGGCAGCCCUGUAUGAGGAAGCUCUGUGUCUGGUGAAGGCGGGGAGUGUGGAAUGUAGGACGCUCAGGACGGAGAUGCUGGAAUGCUACAGCGACCAAGACUUCCUGGCGAAGCUGCACUGUGUGCGACAGGCGUUCGAGGUGCUGCUGCUAGAUGAAACUCAUCGGAUUUUCUUCAGCGAUACAGGGAAGCACAUGAUCACAGGCCUGAUGUGUAAGGCCAAUAAGAGUCCUAAGGCUUUUUUGGAGAGCUAUGAAGAAAUGCUUCAUUACACCGAACGCGUAGAGACUUGGCCGACUACAAAGACGGAGCUGGAGGGUCGGGGGGUGGUGUGUAUGAAUAUACCUCCUAAGGUGGUGUGUAUGAACUUCUUUGACAUUGUGCUGGACUUCAUCCUCAUGGAUGCCUUCGAAGACCUGGAGAGCCCCCCCUCCUCUGUGGUGGCUGUCCUCAGAAACCGCUGGCUCUCUGACAGCUUCAAGGAAACGGCAUUAGCAACUGCUUGCUGGUCCGUUCUGAAGGCUAAAAGACGCCUUCUGAUGGUGCCAGACGGCUUCAUCUCUCACUUCUACUCCAUUUCUGAGCACGUCAGUCCCGUUCUGGCCUUUGGCUUCCUGGGACCUAAGCAACACCUAAGUGAGGUGUGCACCAUCUUUAAGCAACAAAUAGUGCAGUACCUAAAAGACAUGUUUGAUCACGACAAGGUUCGCUUCACCACGAUGGAGUCGCUCGCUGAUGACAUUCUGAGUCUGUCCCACCGGAGGAGUGACAUCCUAUUAGGAUACCUUGGCAUCAGCAACGUUUUAGAACCCAACGGAACCCUGCCGUUGGUGCCGCCAGGGCCCUCAGAGCCCAUCCUAGGGCCUACGCUGGACCUCUAGGGCAGAACAUUGGUGCCCUUGUUCCCUGUAAUUCCUUCUAAUGGCAUCUUUCAUAAUUGUUUUAAUGACUUUUGUGUUGUGCUGAAGAUAAUCCAAUAUGUUUUAACACUCCUGUGUCCUCAAUCCUCACUGUGAUAACGGUACAAGAAAGGUUCGGAGCAAAGGUUCUGUCAUCCUCUGUUGGCCAGGUAGAAAUGCACUGUUUUGAAUAUUUGACUGAAGCUGGUAUACAGAGAGACUGGCGAAGGUUGACUUUGCUUAUUCCAGUGGUAAUAAGUAUCUGAGCAGAAACGUGAUCCUUGGUGAGGAAUGGAGAGCUCCUGGCAAUGCUGUGAGGUGCAGCUUCGGGGAAAGACCGCACUCUAGCCUGGGCACUGGGCGAUCAAUCCUGGCAGGAGACAUGAAAUAUUUUUAGGCUGCUACUUUCAGGAUAAAUCAGUAUUUAUUUUUAACUGAUAGCAGUUGCUAGUGGUUUAGUUGUGGCAUUCCAAAGAUUAACCUCAUCCGCACCCCCACUUGUCACUAGAUUGGUACAGAAGCAACAUGGCGCAGUGCCUUGUGCCUGUAAUGCUGGGUGGCUCUACCUCUGUGCUGAAGGGGGUGCACUGCGGUGACUGUAAAUUUGCGUGUCUGAGGAGAAGGUGUGGUAGUUGUUUGGUUUCAUUAUUAUAUAUGACGCAUUCACAGACUUGACGUGAGAACUACAGGGAGGUCUGCUUCCAGAUGCAGGAAUAAUUUGAUUUUGGGAAAACACAAAGUGGUGUGUUUAAAACGCAAUGUUGUACACCAGGGAGGUCAGAUUCUGUGCACCCUUACCAUUUCCUACACUGCUUUAUUUUAAUCCCCCCCCCCCCCAAUAAACCAUUGAUAACGUGUAAUGUACAAAAUAUUGGAAACGGUCUUGUUACAGGCCCAAAAAAUGUUUAAUUAGAUAUCCUUGACUAAUUCUCUAACAAUUCAUAUAACUUCAUCCCACUGUUCCUGUCUGUCUGCUUUUGGCACUGUAUGCAAAACAACCUUAAGUUUCCUCAUUUCUGUGAAACAAAUUUAGUACUUUUUGCCUUCUGUGUUGUAUAAUCUGAUAGCUGGAGAAAGUGAUUCAAUGCAGAGAAUAUUCAUAUAGAAGCCAAUCUAAAAUGAAAGAAGGUUUCCUUUGUGGAAAACAAGUGUUCUGCACAUUUUCAUCACUUGCUUUUUAGAUUAUUUUUAAUUUCACCUGUGCAUUCAAACACAUGGAAACCUAAAUAGAAGGGAAACAAUAUAUCAAAACAAAUAUGAAUCCAAACAAGAAACAUAAUUUACUGUUUUUAUCUUUUUUAUGGUUUCCAAGUCUGUGCUAGUGUUUGUGUUGCCACUUUUUGUAUUUGAGAUCACCUUUUUUCCACCUUGCCUUAAAUGUAAAAUCCCUAUAUCUAAAGCACCACUGAUUAAUGUCAUUGUACCACAUGCUGCUGUAAUUGCUGAGUAUUACUUUAGUCGGAUUAAACAUACGAACUCAACUGUAUUUAUUGGAGAAUUCAGUAAGACAACAGUUCCACGUCUGUAUAAUCGCCAUUCUGAAAUUUCCAAGUGUUCUUUGCAUGUGAACAUAGACAGGAGUAUCUGCUAAUGUUGUAUAGUCCAUUAUGAGGGUUCUGAUAUACCCAAUGUGAGUCACUCAUCAUUGGAGCAUAUUAGUGUUAGCAAUGCACAGGACUAUCCUGUACUUCAGUAAUUAAAGUCCAAAUUAAAUACUCCAUACAUAUUAUCCAUGUGUAUACAAAGGCAAAAUCACUGACGAUUACUUCAUUUAAAAGUAAUGAAUUUUGGAAGAAGACAUUCUUGCGCACACCGUUAUUUUAGUCCCACUGAAUGUAGAAAGGCUAUAUGAUAAGUUAUGUGAUAGUUUACUUACAGGAAUUUACAGAUGUCAUUUUAAUGAAGUGUCAAUUAAGAAGACACGCCUUAAUAGAUGUAACCUUAUAUAAAGUAACACCUUUAAUAGGAAUGGGGACAAUGUGGAUAAUUGUUUCUUUGAUGUUUCUUUGCAGAACAGUGGGGGAUUUACACUGAUUAAUUUCUUGUGUUCUGCAAAGAGGGGGAUUGCGAUGAUGGAAGAUGUCUAGUGUCUCUUCCUGUCCGCGGUGCAGAGGUUAUCACUGGAGAGGGGAUAUAACGUGCAAGGUCGCGCUAAUGCAUUUGUCAUGUUGUUUUAUAAUACUCUACAAAACCAGCAGAAGUUGUUACCAUUAUGUCAAGCCGUAAAUAUUAGUAUUGUUUUCACAGUAAAUGGUAUCUUUUUGCCUUUUCCAAGCCAAUGUGAGUUUAUUUUACUUUUUGUGUUUGUUUCUCCCUCAUUUUAGUGAACUGUGUAAAGAUUGGAACCAGAAAUGGUUUUAAUCCUGUGCUUUAUUCAGACAUCCUCAUAUAGUAAAAUAAAACAUAUUUCUAUCAAA